UGAGACAAGACAGACAUCACAGGGAGUGGUGAUGUAUAUGUCAUAUUGUCUUCACUCACACACACACACAUACACAUAUAUAAUAAUGAUCUCUCUCUUUCUCACUGGCAUUCACCUUCAUAAACAUACAGACUCGCAUACCAUGACACUCUUAUAGACACACACACACACACUCAUUGUUACAAACACACAUCUCCCAGCUGGAUAUUAUUUUGUUGAUUUGUUACUAGCAAGAAGGAAUAAAAACCAUUCAGCUCAACAACAUCCAAGUACCACCUGUCUGCUUUGCUGUUAUAUAAAAAUAAUACACACACACAAACACACACACAUAUAUAUACUGUGUUAGUUUUAACUUUAACAUAGUAAAUUCGAAAUACUGGACAGAUAUAUACCUGGAUAUACUAACGGAUAAGGACAACCAGGGGAGCAAGAAAAGGCUUUAAAGAAAUAGUAGUUUGAGGGAUAGAGAGAAAGAAUGGAUAAAAAGAGGAAAAGACGACAUGGGAAACUUCUUCGGAUGUUUAAAACAGCAUUACUUACAAAGUGUAUUUGUGAACAAGGGAAGAAGAAAGUGGAAUUCCUUUCAGGAAAAGAUGGCAAUGAUUGGGUGUGGGUGAUGGGCCAACAUCCAGAGGAUCUUACCAUUGAAGACAUUCUAGAACACGAAGCCAAAGAAAAAGCCACCUUACAGGCAGAAAAAGAAGCGGAAGAACUAAGGAUAAAACAAGAGCUAGAGCUGAAAAAGAAAAUGGAAGAAGAAAAGAAAAAACUUGAAAAAGAACGAAUUGAGAGAGAAUUCCAGUUGAAACGCAAAGAAGAUGAAGCUGCUUUGUAUCAGUCAUUGAAAGAAGUUAGGCUGAUAGCAGAUACAAUUGAACAAGAAAGAGAAAAAGAGCGUCUGGGAGAAGAAGACAGAUUAAAAGAACUUCAGGAUCAGGAAGAAAAAGGUCUACAGUACUGUCGAGAAAAUUCCUUAAAGUUGAAGAAACGUCGAAGUGCUGAACUUUAUACGUCUUGGCGUAAAAUGAGAAACAUUCUAGAAAAGAAUAGUACUGAAGACAAUAAAGAAAUUGAAGCAACUUGGAAAGAACAAGAGAAGAAAUCACGAGAGGCCGAGGUUCAAUUGCGGGAAAUAGUACGACGAGCCCGGGAAGAACAUCGACGAUCACAGAAAUCUCUGUCGAAAGGCAGCAGCUCAUCUCUGUCCGAAGAUCUCCCACCAAUUCCUCCGAAAACACAUAUCAACAAUGCUACAAACAAUCUCAGUUCCAGUGCCAAAUCUUCUGGGGUCAAUAAAAAACCUGCGACACCAAAGAACAGAAAUGCUGUGAUUAAAUGGUUUAAGGAAGAAGAACGGCCCAAAGAAGUAGGUUUAAAUCCCGAAACGAAGAAAGUAGAAGAAUGGUUUCAUGGUCUCAUAAGCAGACCUGAAGCCGAGGAAAUCCUGGCUGAUCGACCCAUUGGUAGUUUCCUAGUGCGAGUCAGUGAAAGAAUUUGGGGCUAUACAGUAUCUUAUCAGUCGGAAGAACGUUGCAAACACUUCUUAAUUGAUGCAUCAGAUGGCACAUACCAUUUCUUUGGCUCCAACUAUCAACAAUUCAGUUCUCUUCAAGAAAUCCUUAAUUAUCAUAUGAAAAACGCCAUAACCCUCGCCGGUCAAGAAAUGUUACUCUUCCCCUGCGGACAGAAGGGUCACCCCCCAAACUAUGCGGAAUUAUUUUAUGACGAAGUAACAGACGCUCUUAUGUGAAGAUGUUCGUUAUUAAUGCCACCAUCACUACUACCAUUGCCAUCACUAACAAUCAGCUCUAAGCAUCAUCACCAUCACCAUCACCUAUUACCAAUGUUACCAUUGUUAUCAUUGAGCAUAGCCAUCAUCAUCAUCAUCAUCAUCGUCCUUCAAAAUAGCUUUGGACGGAUGGAAUUAUAAAAGAAGCUGGAUUAACUACUGCUGUUUGUCUUUGUAUCUUUGUAUUAUAUUGAGUUCAAACCAGGAUUGACUAUUUUUUCUGAUGUUUGGAAUAUAAAUACCAGUAAUACUUUUGGGUUCAUGUAGCAGAUUGGUAAACCUUACCGAUGUCAGUUUUGUGUUUGAUUUUCUGGGGUCGACGAAAUAAAGUACCCGUUAAGUAUUGCGAUUAAUGAAAUUGA